ACACUCGUCAACGUUACCUUCACUAGUCCAAAAUAAAAUCUUCCCUAGAAAAUUAAAAAAUAAAACCUUCACUAGUCAAAAUUAAACCUUCACUAGUCACUGACAAUCAAAUUAAUAAAAAACAAAAAAAGUCAGUCCAAAUGUCUUUCUUUCCUUUUUCUUUACUGACCCCAUAAAUGCUUCUCUUUCUUUCUCCCUUCUUUCUUAAAGAAGAAAGGUCUUAAAUUACUGAUAAUUUAAGUAACAUGUCUUUUCAUUAUAUCUUCUUUAUUAUAUGAACCAUAAAUUUUGUUAAGGUGAACAGUUUAUGUAACAUAGCCAGAUUUUUUUGUAAAACAAAAUUCAGUUUUAUUGUAACGUUUACCUUUUAUGAAAAUUUCAUACAUAUUGUAACAUUUUUCUUACUUGUACGCAAUUUCUCACUAUCUCUCUCGUUAUCACAUGAACGUCUAAAAUACCAUGCACCCCGUACAUGUUAAGUAAAAGAAUACAGGAAGCAAAAUUCUUGUUUCUUAAAAAGCCAAAAUUCUGGUUAUCCUUUAUUUCCCUCUUUUUAUUCCUUCAUUUUUCUUUUGGAAAAGUUUGGCACUUGUGUUUUUCUUCUGUUCUUAAGCUCCUCAAAUAGAAUUUAGCAUCAUUCAUAUCAAUUAGUGAAGAUUAAUUAAUUUCACCCGUUUUUGUGGAAUUAUUUUACUAUUGAGUGAAAAAAAUACUGUAUCAUCUUUAAGACUUUAACCCAUUAAAUUGAAUAAGAGCUUCAGCUGUUCAAAGCCAUGGUAGAGGAAGAUGGAUUAUGCUUUUCAUACACUAAGACCAAAAUUCCUCUUUUCAUUUUCUUCAAAAAUGCUAGGAUGGUAUUCAAGAUGGAUGAACUUGGGGUGGAAAUAUCACAAAUUGCAUUACCAGCUGCUCUGGCUUUAACAGCUGAUCCUAUUGCUUCUUUAGUUGACACAGCUUUCAUUGGCCAAAUUGGACCUAUUGAGCUUGCUGCUGUUGGGGUAUCUAUAGCUCUUUUCAAUCAAGUAUCUCGAAUUGCAAUCUUCCCUCUUGUAAGUGUAACAACUUCUUUCGUGGCCGAGGAAGAUGCCGUGGCAGAAGUGAGUUCCGAACAACAAGAGUUAGGAAGUUUGGAAUCUAAUAAUUGUACUAAUGAAUCCAAAGAAUUAUUACCUCAAUCAGAUUCGGGUAAGAGUGUUAAGGCCGAAACAAGCAGCUUUAGUGUUGAAAGUUCAAAGCCUCAAAGGAGGAGCAUACCAUCUGCUUCAUCGGCUUUGGUUAUUGGUGCAAUCCUCGGACUUCUUCAAGCGAUUUUUCUCAUUUCUCUAGCAAAACCAUUAUUGAACUAUAUGGGUGUCAAACCUGACUCAACUAUGCUACCCCCGGCUCAAAAGUACUUGACAUUGAGGUCACUUGGUGCACCUGCCGUUCUUCUUUCCUUAGCUAUGCAAGGAAUUUUUCGAGGUUUUAAGGACACCAAGACUCCUCUGUAUGCUACUGUGGCAGGGGAUGUAACUAACAUAAUUCUUGAUCCGAUUCUUAUAUUUGUUUUUCGGUUGGGUGUUAGUGGUGCUGCAAUUGCCCAUGUUAUAUCACAGUACCUAAUUUCAAUCAUACUAUUUUGGAGACUAAUUCAACUAGUCAAUCUCCUACCUCCCAGUAUGAAAGAUCUCAAAUUUGGUCGAUUUCUUAAAAAUGGCUUUCUUCUGUUGAUGAGGGUCAUAGCUGUGACAUUCUGCGUGACCUUAGCUGCAUCUAUGGCUGCACGCUUAGGGCCCACUCCAAUGGCCGCUUUUCAGGUCUGCUUGCAAGUUUGGUUAGCGACAUCCCUUCUUGCUGAUGGACUCGCUGUUGCUGGCCAGGCAAUACUUGCUAGUGCUUUUGCAAAGAAUGACUUUGAGAGAGCAACAUCGACUGCCUCCAGAGUUUUGCAGCUAGGCUUUGUUCUAGGAUUGGUCCUGUGUUUCAUGCUCGGGUUUGGAUUAAAAUUUGCAGCAAGAUUAUUUACCAAGGAUGUCGAUGUCCUGAACCUGAUAACCAUAGGCAUUCCAUUUGUUGCUCUUACUCAACCCAUUAACGCGUUGGCCUUUGUUUUUGACGGCAUCAACUUUGGAGCAUCUGAUUUUGCAUAUUCAGCCUUUUCCAUGGUUAUGGUGGCUGUUGUGAGCAUUUUGUGUUUGUUAUUUCUUUCUUCCCAUUAUGGUUUCAUUGGUAUCUGGGUGGCUCUAACUAUUUACAUGAGCCUUCGUGCAUUUGCUGGUUUUUGGAGAAUUGGAACCGGAACUGGACCUUGGAGCUUCCUUAGGAGUUAAAUUUUGUUUUAUAACAUAUGAUAAUUUUCUCAACUUUGUAUAUUAUGCUCAAGAAGGGAUGUUUGUAAUAUGUAGAAACAGUUAGAAAUUUAGAAUGGUUAUGCUAUAUGUAUAUUAUCUAGUAUCUACCUAAACUAUUCUUAAAACUCAAGACAAAGAAGGGUUAUCUCGCCACGUUUCGGUCAUUCAACCCUCAUAUUACAAUUAAUGACAUGGAGCAUUGUCAAGCUAAUAAUAUAAAGCACAAAGUUCAACAACUUAAA